AUGGAGUCCCCUUCAUCUAGCUGCUUGCGAGUCACUCGACUUACACUCAUACACGCUGUCCUUGCAUACGUAUCUCCAGAAUUCACUACAACGUCGCGUCUACCUCUUAUGCUGCCCACCGAGAUCCGCCUUCGUAUCCUCACCCAUCUGCAUCUCACACUUUCAGCCUCCUUACUCGGAUCGCUUAACCAGAGCUUACAGAGCGCCUUGGAUGACCUUUGUGACAGCUGCAAAGCCUAUAAUCUUCAAGUUUACGGUCAAAACGCGUCAGACUGGCCUGAAAUCAGGGUCACAGGCGGUUGUUGGUGUGCCAAGAUUAGGGGGCGGCCAGAGAUCGCUCGUGCGCGUAAUCGGUGGAGUUCAGAUGCAUGCGUCGAUGCCAAAAUCCGGUCUCCCAUAGCUGAUUAUGAUCCGCCGCCCUACUUCAUGACUCACUUGCGUCAAGUUGCCGUAACGUACGUGUCGCCCUCGCCUUAUACGCGUGAAAUAGAGGAGAUGGUGGCAUCGCGUGCUGGUGCCAAGGAGAUUGAUGCUUUAGUCUGGAAGGUUCUACGACAGUUUCAGUGCUGUGUCGCACCUUCAAGAACGAGGGCCUGGAAGCUGGAAGAUGAACUUUGGAUUAUUCCCAUGUCUGCAAGGACCUCCGACGGGUCCUCGGAUGAUGAAUUAUUAUGCACGGUCCAGCUCGCCCUAGACCUGAACCGGCACCGCGACUUUGUAUCACAUUCGAAACUACAUCCUCGGAAUAUGAUGCUCAGUGCGCCCUUAAUGACCGAUUCCCCUGAAAUAUCUCAAUUAUAUGUGGUGUCGCCAUGGCCUGCGUACUAUUAA